CUGGUCCGCACGGGAUAUUGCUUUUUUGAAAAAUUUCAAGACCGACGAAAGCUUGACAGACUCCAGAAAGGCGGAAUGAAAUCUGCGUUCAUGUCCGUCUCGGAAAAUUUGGAACCCGCGCUCCGCGACAUGAGAACCUCUGCCUUUCCCUCCGCCGAGCUCCACUGAGAUUGUGGCUGCUCAUCUCCUCCGUCUUUCCCAGAAAUCGCCGUGGAUGGGCCAGGCAACGUCCACGCCCGCAAUUGCGUGCCGUCGCCAAAAUUCUCACGGCUCCCGCUCCAAGACCAGAUCAACGGCCCUGGUUUCUCCGAUGCUCGCCGAUGACUGCGACGAUUCCUUUCAUGAGGUUGUCGAUUCCGUCCCUGACUUCAUCUCUGAUCUUCCCGAUGAGUGCCUGGCUUGCAUUUUUCAGUCGCUGAGCUCCGCCGACCGCAACCGCUGCUCUCUGGUAUGCCGGCGGUGGCUCAGGAUCGAGGGCCAGAGCCGCCACCGUCUCUCCCUCAACGCACCAUCGGAUCUCCUCCCCGUUAUUCCUUCACUUUUCUCUCGUUUCGAUUCCGUCACGAAGCUCGCUUUAAAAUGCGACCGUAGAUCUGUGAGCAUUGGGGACGAGGCGCUUCUCCUCAUUUCUGAACGAUGCCCUAAUCUGACCCGCUUAAAACUCCGGGCCUGCCGUGAACUCACGGAUGCUGGCAUGGGGGCCUUUGCCAAGAACUGCAAGGGUUUGAAGAAGCUUUCCUGUGGAUCUUGCACUUUCGGAUCCAAGGGGAUGAACGCAGUGCUCGAUAAUUGUCCGGCUCUCGAAGAGUUAUCAGUGAAGCGUCUCCGUGGAAUUACCGAUGCAGCUGCUGCUGAACCAAUUGGACCCGGUGUCGCAGCGUCAUCCCUUAAAACUCUUUGCUUAAAAGAGCUUUACAAUGGACAGUGUUUUGGGUCUCUUAUUCUCGGCUCAAAGAAUUUAAGGACUUUGAAGCUUUUCAGGUGCUCUGGUGAUUGGGAUAAGCUUUUUAAACUUCUAGCGGACGGAGUGCCAAGUAUGGUUGAAGUCCACCUUGAGAGGCUUCAGAUUAGUGAUAUCGGCCUCGUGGCAAUCUCGAACUGUUCGAAUCUAGAAAUCUUGCAUCUUGUCAAGACCCCUGAGUGCACAAACUUAGGGCUUGCUGCCAUAGCUGAUCGGUGUAAGCUACUACGUAAACUUCAUAUCGAUGGAUGGAAGGCUAAUCGUAUAGGUGAUGAAGGUUUGAUGGCAGUUGCUAGAUGUUGCCCUAAUCUGCAAGAACUGGUCCUUAUUGGUGUUAAUCCCACUAAAGCGAGCUUGGAAAUGCUGGCAUCCAAUUGCCAUAAUCUAGAGAGACUGGCGCUAUGUGGAAGUGAUACAGUUGGUGAUGGCGAGAUAUCGUGCAUUGCUGCAAAAUGUAUAGCCCUGAAGAAACUCUGUAUUAAGAGCUGCCCCGUCUCUGAUCAUGGCAUGGAAGCACUAGCUAGUGGAUGCCCAAAUUUAGUGAAAGUGAAGGUUAAGAAGUGUAAGGGUGUAACACUUGAAGGUGCAGAUUGGUUGAGAUUAAGUAGGGCAUCACUUGCUGUUAAUCUAGAUACUGGCGAAACUGAACAGCAGGAUGCCAGUGCUAGUGAUGGUGCAGCGCAGGAUAACGCCGGAGAAUUUCAACCAAUCCCCAGUCAAGCAGCAGCAUCGGCCACUAUUGCAUCAAGCAGUUCUGGCCGAUCUACAUUCAAGUCAAGGUUAGGACUUUUGUCUGGGAAGAGUUUAGUGGCUUGCACUUUAAGAAGGUGGGCAAGUGGCAAUAGUAGUUCCCGGCAUGUUUAAACGCGGAAACUUGAAUAAUAUGCCAAAGCAAAAAGCAAUCCUAACCUUUGUUCAGUUUCAUCAUUGUGUUGUAUCACUUGAUUUUCUCUCUUGUUAUAUCUAAAUUUCAUUCAUGCUGUGUGCUGUUGAUUGUUUUUUGAGUUGAAUCUUCACAGCUGGAAGUGACAAUCACAUUUUUUUACUCCCAAAUUUCUUUGGUGGCUGGUGCUGCCGAAGGACAGUACAUCUUAUCAAUUAGAUAGAUGGGAAGCUGCACCCUCUUUGUCAUGGAGGUUGAGGCUGAUCGAUGUCUUAAAGUGUUACAUUGCUACAAUUUGUUAAAUGUUUUGUAUCUAAUGAGAGAAGAUAUACUUUACUUCUGCUUUUUCACGGGCGAGAAGAAUGGUUGGUAAAAAAACUAUUGUCGUGCGGUUUGAUGCUCUAGCAA